AUGGGAAAUAAAGAUGAUUUAACGAUUUAUAACAUAACUGAUCAUUUGAGGGAGAAAUUAGAGCUUAAAUUUCUGUGGAAUUUGAAUAGUGAACUCCUAAAAAGGUUGGAAUCUGAAACAAAAAGCACCAAAGAUUUGUUGUUUGUCAACGACUGGUUCAAGACUGAACUUGAAACUAUCGUUAGUCCAAAAAACUCCCCAAAUUUCGAUUACAAACGUAUCAAAAGAGCUAAAAGUAUUCUAAAUUUAAUCGAACUCAAGUCCAGUUUCGAUCUAGAUGACGAACGCGUCUUAAUCUACACAGCUCCAUACGUUAGAGACGGAACAUACAAACUCCUAAAGGGCUCCGAAGUUAAUAAUAAGUCAAACCUCUCACUGGAUGUUGUCAUGAGUUUUGAUUAUUAUAAAUGUAAUAGUGGCACUCCUAGUUUACUUGAGGAGGCGAUAAGCUCUAAGAUUAUUCGUUUUUCAAACCUUUUUGCACAUUUUUGUAAAUCCAAGGGCAUUAAUUGUGAUCUUAAACGUUUACGUAACAGUAGUGACUCUGAUGCGACUGUUUAUGGUAGAAUUGGGACUGAAGGUGAAGUUCCAAUAAAUCCCCUUAACGUUACUUUACAAGGAAGCAGAACUGUGGAUUAUGGGUUAAAAGUUCAACUGCAAAAUUUGCAUUCAAUCGAUGAAUUUUGUCUAUUUCCAGGACAAAUGGUUGCAGUUAGUGGUUUGUUUUACGAGGACAAUUUUGGAAUGAAGUACUUGGCCAACGACAUACUUUCUGGUGUACCUGUUGAUAAACCAUUUGUUACUUUAACAUCACAAAACAGAUUUAUGGAUGAAAAUUUACAUAUAAUGUGUGUUAAAGGAUCGUUACUGACUGAAAAGCUUGAACAAACUUCAUUCAGUGAAAUAUAUCAAGUUAUUAAAAGAGAUAAGCCACAUGUGGUCAUUUUUACAGGACCAUUUAUAAGCGUUAAUCAAGUCAUCGCUGAAGGAUAUCAAUUGAGUCGAUUGGGUGAUAUUACAUUUUUAUAUCUGAAGUUUUUAAAUGAUUUGGCAAAUGUUUCACAGAUUGGCUUGAUUAAGAACACGAAAUUUAUAAUUGUUCCUCACCCCUAUGAUGUGAUACUUGGAUAUCCGUUACCACAACCUCCGUUGAACUGUAAAUCGACUCCAAUUUUUAACAAGGCAUUCCCUCCAAACAUAAUUUUCCUCUCAAACCCAGCCUAUUUCCGAUUAAACGGAAUCCUGUUCUCUAUUACUUCCUGUGAUCCUAUAUCAUCCAUUUAUAAGAAUAUGGUGUAUAAGGGAAUAGAAGAUCAAUUGAACAGGGUUUGCAAAGAAUUGCUGUUACAGAGAUCGUUUUUCCCAGGAUAUCCAGCUUAUAGACUGCAAGCUGAAUACCCCGUAGACUUGAAAAAACUGAGAGAACUCGAGUUCUCAAAGGAUCUUGUACCAGACGUGCUGCUCUUUUGCAGCGCAGUAAAGCCAGAGCCAUUUAUAGAGUUCACAAACCAAAGAGCGUUCGUAAGUCUCCACAAUAAUAGUCUAGGAGUUAAGGGAAAGGUAAUAGACACUUACACUGAAAUAUACAUAACGCCGCUGGGAAAUAAAGAAGAUGAUGAACCGGUACAAGAACUCGAUAUACAAAAUAGAAUUACACUACUCUACACUACUCUGAAAUAA